AUGCGACACUUAACACAAAAAGAGCGUUUAUUCGUCGUUAAAGAAGCACAAAAGCCAAACAAAAAACUUAGUACAAUUGCACGUGCACUUAGUUGUGAUCGUCGAACAGUUAGUCAUGUUCUUGGUCGUUUCCAUGAAACAGGAUUAUUAAUCGACCAAGAAAAACCAGGUCGACCAACUGCCCUUACUGACAGUCAACAGAAGUUAUUAGAUAAGUAUAUCUCAAAACAUCCAACUGCAACGGCUAAUCAACUUUCUAAUUAUGUCUUUAAUACGUUUGGUAUUCGAGUGAGUGGACGCACGUUACAACGAUAUCGUCGCACUCUUGGAUUUUGUCCAAGGAAACAACAUAUCAAAGUUAAAUCAACACAAGGUCAAGUCGAAAAACGACAUUUAUUUGCAGUACAACAUCAAAAUAGUAAUAUCAAAAAGUGGAUUUUUAUUGACGAAACUCAAGUACAAUUACGUAACACAGGUACAAUUGUUUGGGUAAAGCGUGGUGAACCAACGCCGAUUCAUGAAAUUUCUUCUCUUCGUGCUUAUGCCAACUUAUGGGGUACAAUCUGA